GUGUGAGUGCCACAGGCCUCUCACCCCUUUGGUCCAGAUUUAGACAUCAGUCUUUCCCAGACUUCCAGACCCAGCUGUCCGAAGCUGCCUGCUGCUGCUCCCACUCCCUCGUCUCCUCGUUUUCUGUCCGAUUCUCCCUUCUUUCCUUCCUCCCCUCCUCUGACCAUGUGUGGAGUCUUUCAUCACCUCUUUAUCUGACAUGGUGGCAGAUCUCCACAGAUGUUUCAGGGCGACUGUGUGUCGGAAUCUCGCAGUCUUUUGUUUUCAUGCCCAUGUUUUUACCUGUCGGUCUGGAUCCGCAGAGGCAGACGGCCUGUUCCUCUUCCCCAGACAUGGAGCCUCUUCCUGAGGUUCCGUUAUUUCAGAUAUACGAGGAUGAGGAGGAAGAUGUUUCAUCACUGAAGAGCAGAGGUGGCUGCACGUAUACCGGGGAGCCCCCUGCAGACACAGACCCUGACCCAUUCAUAUACAUGAACUUCAUGAAGAGUCACUGCUGCUACGACGCCAUCCCUACCAGCUCCAAACUGGUCAUAUUUGACACAACGCUACAGGUGAAGAAGGCUUUCUUUGCUCUGGUGGCUAAUGGUGUGAGGGCAGCGCCUCUGUGGGACAACAAGCUUCAGUGUUUUGUGGGAAUGCUGACCAUCACAGACUUCAUCAACAUUCUUCAUCGAUACUACAAGUCUCCUCUGGUUCAGAUCUAUGAGCUGGAGGAACACAAGAUAGAGACAUGGAGAGAGACCUAUCUGAAGUACUCCAUUAACAGACUGAUCAGCAUUACUCCUGAAUCAAGUCUGUUCGAUGCCAUCUACUCUCUGUUGAAGAAUAGGAUCCACCGCCUGCCGGUCAUCGACCCGGCAUCAGGAAAUGUCCUUCACAUCCUCACUCACAAACGCAUCCUCAAGUUCCUCCACAUCUUUGGAUCCAUGAUUCCCAAACCCAGGUUUCUCCAGAAGCGGAUCAGUGAAGUGUCGAUUGGAACUUUCAAAGAAAUUGCGACGGUGCAGGAAUCGGCCUCUGUGUACGAUGCCCUGACGAUUUUCGUAGAGAGACGAGUGUCGGCUCUGCCUGUUGUCAAUGAGCUAGGUAAGGUGGUGGCGCUGUACUCCAGGUUUGACGUCAUUAAUCUCGCAGCCCAGAAAAACUACAACAACCUGAACAUGACGAUGCGGGAGGCUAUCGCCUCCAGAGCCUGCUGCAUGGAGGGAGUCCUCAAGUGUUACCCUUAUGAAACACUGGAGACCAUCAUCGACCGCAUUGCAAAGGCAGAGGUGCAUCGUUUGGUGUUGGUCGACAGUGACGAUGUAGUGAGAGGGAUUGUUUCUUUAUCGGACCUCCUACAAUCUCUAGUCCUCACUCCUGCAGAUAUUUACAGAGUUCGUCCCUUUGACCCUGAAGAAAACCAGGUAGAGACGAUUUGUGUAAAACCAGAGAACAAGGAGGCGCAGCAGGAUGGUGACAGAGAAGUCACUGCUUUCAGUCCGAGUCUAGAGGAAGAACAUUGGAAGGAAAAGUGAAAGCAGAAACACUUACACUCUCCUCAAUGAGCUCAGUAAUGUGCCCUUUAAGGCAACAGUUUAUUCCCUGGUGGAAAAUAAAUGGAGCUGGGUUUGUCUGCAAAACUAAACAAACUUAGAGACUGAACUGGACUAAAAAGUCUAAUUUAAAGUCACAUUGGAAGCUGCGUUACUCUGAGAUUGAUUUGCUGAUAUGAUAAAAAAAGUAGAUGAUUGUAAUGAUUUUUUUCUUAACUUUGUGGUUUUAGAAUAUUUGAAACUUCAUAUAUGAAAACUUGAAAUCAUUGAAUUUUCGAUGAGAUUUUUGUAAAUGCACUUAUGCUCCGAUCACUGUGAAAACAAUAAAUGUUUUGCUUUGUC